AACAAGGAAGUCUAGCACUGAGGACUUGAUGUCAGGCUAACUUCAACAAAUUACAUCUCCGCCUGAUUUAAGUUAUCUGCUCAUCAGCUGCAAGCUACAUCGGCGUGACAAGAUGUUUAAAAAGCUGAAGCAGAAGAUAAACGAGGAGCAGUCCCCGCAGAGGAGUGCGCAGUCACCACAGCAGGCCCAGGUGGGCAGUGGAGACCGGCGCAGCAGUCAAACCCCUCCGUUUCAAUAUGAUGGCUCACCCUCUCCCAGUGACAGAGAGAGCACCCCUAAAGGAGCAGCAAGGUCUCCCAGAGGUAGCAUCAACGGGGACGGAAGUGCUUCUCCUCAGAGAGAAGAGACACCGUCAUUUGCCCAGAAACUGCAGUUGAGAGUUCCCUCGAUGGAGUCGUUGAUUCGUGGUGGUGCCAGUCGGGCAGAAAACCUGUUCCGCUCUCCCUCUAAAGAAAACCUGGUCCGAAGCUCAUCGCGGGACUCCCUGACACCACUGGGAGAAAACGAUUCCCCGGGCGCCCCCUCGUAUGAUCCCCCAUCAGAUAUUGAGAGCGAGGCCGAGGAGCCACCAGGAAGUGCAGAGUCCCUUUCCAAAGAGCAGUUGUUGCACCGACUGCUUAGAGUGGAGAGGAGCCUCGGGAAGUACAGAGGGAAGUACUCCGAGCUGGUUACUACGUACCGAACGGUUCAACGAGAUAAAGAAAAAACGCAGGUCAUCCUCAGUCAGAGUCAAGAUAAAUCUCUCCGCAGGAUAGGGGAGCUGCGGGAGGAGCUUCAAAUGGACCAGCAGGCCAAGAAACACCUACAAGAGGAGUUUGAUGCUGCGCUGGAGGAGAAGGACCAGAUGAUCACUGUGCUCCAAACACAGGUUGCUCUGUUGAAGAAACGAUCCAAGGGCGUCUCUGACCGUGUUGGGCCACCUGAGGGUGACGCCCCUCAAUCUGAAGAUGCAGAUUCAGACUCAACCUCCUCCACACAGAGUCCUCUGAAAGAGCAAGGAGUAGAGCCUGAAGUCACUGAGGGAGAGGGCAACAGUGAUCCAACCAAACUUAUGGAGGCUUUGCAGAAGAGAGUGAAGAGGCAGGAAAACCUGCUGCAGAAGUGCAAAGAAGUGAUGCGAACACACAAGGAGCGGAGCGCCCAGCUGGGCAGUGAGAAUGAAGCUCUGCAGGAGCAGCUGCAGGAGAGACUGCAGGAGCUUGAGAAGAUUAAGGAACUCCACACAGCAGAAAAGACUAAGCUGAUCACUCACCUGCGUGAUGCCAAAAACCUUGUUGAACAGCUGGAGCAGGACAAGGGAAUGGUGAUUGCUGAGACCAAGCGCCAGAUGCACGAGACACUGGAAAUGAAAGAAGAUGAGGUUGCACAGCUACGCUCCAGGCUACAGCAGACUACUGCCCAGAAAGAAGAACUACAGGAACAGAAAGAAAAGGCUGAGAAAUCAGCAUUUGAAGAACUUGAACGGGCGCUGGGUGUAGCUCAGAGGGCGGAGGAGGCCCAGAAACAGCUGCAGGUUCAGCUGGAGGAGCGAGUGAAAGACGUUGAAAGGGCCAGUGAGGAAGAGAGGAAGAGUCUGCAGCAGGAACUCACACGAGUCAAACAGGAGGUCGUCACCAUCAUGAAGAAAUCAUCAGAGGAAACGGUUGCCAAUAUGGAAAAACUCCACAGCGAAGCUUUGGCUGCUAAAGAAGAAGAGAUGAGUGUCAGAAUCAACAAAGCUGCCGAGCAAUGUAAAGAGGAGUUUUCCCAGUUAGGAAAGGAGCGGGAACAGCAGUCCUCUCUGGCUCUGGAGGAUGUAGAGUUACAGAAGAUCGCUCUGAGGACUGAAGCUGAUAACAAGGUUAAAGAGAUACAGUUGGAACUGGAAGCUGCAAAUACUAGAGUAUUGGAGCUGGAGAGCACUCUGGAGAAGAUCUCACAAGAUGGAUCAAGUUCCUCCCAUGAACUUUCCAGUCAGUUGGACGAGCUGAAGGAUAAACACAAAGAGCAAAUCUCUGCAUUAGAGGAAAAGCACCAGGAGCAGCUGGAAAAGCACAAGGACACCCAAACCCAGCAGAAUAACGCCGCUCUUGAGGAGCUCAAGGAAAAACACAGAGUUGAAGUGGAGACCCUUCUGAAAGAUAAAGACCUGCAGCUCCAAGCACAUGUUGAAGACAUGAACCAGAAAACUUUGGAGAAACUGGAUGCAAAGCAGGCAGAGCUAGAGGCAGUAUCCGCUGAACUUUCGGAGGCUUUGAAACAUAAACAGCUCCUGGAGGAGAAGUUGGUGGCAGCUGAAGAUGCUCAUAGUUCAGCCGAGAGGGAACACGAGAAGAGGUUUCAAGAUCAAGUGGAAAAGCACAAUAUAGAUCUCGCAAAUAUCAAACAGAAACACGAGCAGUCACUUGGAGGUAUAGAGAAAUCACUGAAGGAGGAACUUAACGCGCUGAGGAUUGUUCUGACGGAAAAGGAAAAGGAAAUAAAAGAGCACAUGCUAAGAGAAAAAACUUUACAAGAGGAAUCGCAUUCCACUGUAGAAGAAUUAAAUGUCAAGAUCAAGGAGCUGGAGGAGCUGCAGCAAUGUUUGUCACAAUCCCAGCUGGAAAGUGGGAGCCUAAAGGAAUCUGAUUCACAGUUAAGUAAGGUGUCAGAGUAUCUUGAUCAGUGUAAGAAGGAUUUGACAGAUAUGGAGCAUCAGUUAGAAGUGGCAAAGAAUGACUGUCAACAAAAAGAGAAGGCGCUUCAAGAAGUAGAGCACCAAUUACAGCAGACCAAAAAGGAGCUCUCAGAGCAGGAGAACUCAUUUACUGCACAACUGAACACUAAGCAGGAAGAAGUUACUUCCCUCAAGAAACAGCUGGAUGAUGAAAAAGCUGCCCUCGAGAAAAAGAUGAAAAACACAAUAACUGAGAUGGAAAAUAAGCUGAAAUCACAGGAAACAAAAAUGGAAAAGUUUAAAAACAAGGCCAAAGAAAUGCACGAGAAUUUUAAGAAAAAGCUGCAGCAGAAUGAAGAAACCAUGAAGAAGGAACUUGCAAAGAAGGAGAAAGAGCUUCAGCAAACAGAGAAACAAGUACAAGAGAAAAUUGUAGAGAUGGCCCAAAAGAGUUCCCAAGGCCUCAGCAGUGCAAUGUCAGAGCUGCAGGCCAACCAUAAGGAAGAGGUGGAGAAGCUACACGACACACAUAAGCAUGACACUGAGGAACUGGAGCGUCGUUGGCAGGAGAAGUUAGGACAGCAGGAGGAAGAAUUAAUGGAGAAACACUCGCACUUACUACAGGAGAAGGCUCAGGAACUGGAGGAAGUUUCUCUGCAACUGAGCAGAGGUAAAGAGGAGAACGAGCAAGUGUCGUGUGAAAUAAAGGAUUUAAGAGAGGACCUGGCGAUUCGAGAAACCACUGUGCAGAAGCUGCAAGAAGAGCUUAAUAAAGCAGCGGAGAAGCUUGAAAGUUUGUCUCAAAGUGAGAGGUUGCUCAAGGAGCAAAUCGAGUCAGUGGAGAGGAACUUCAACCAAGCCCUGAACGAGAGAAACUCCGUCCAAGACGAGCUCAACGCGACAAAGGAGGAGAGCAGAGAGAAGUUGAAGACCUUGUCAGGAAAGUUGAAGGAAACAGAGAAGCAGUGUAAAGCACUGAAAGGCUCCAAAUCUAAGGAAAGCAAGGACUUGCAGAAAACAAUUGAGGAAACUGCGAUUCAGCUACAAGCCAAGGAAGCAGAGUUCCAGCAGCAAUUAAUUACGAUCAGAAACCAAAUGGAGCAUUACUGUAAGGAGGUUCAGUCAAGGGUGGAGUGUGGAUCUAAUGAACUGUGUCAAAGAGUUGAAUGUAGGUUGAAAGAGCUGAAAGACAGACUGCUCGCUAGUCAGAAAAUGGUAGCGAAUCUCAAAAACGUCAUCCUGACUAAAGUGGAUCGAAUUUGCACUUUAGAGGAGAACCUCCGCCAGCAGACGGAGGAGAAUAACAAUCUAUGCAUUUCAUUGGAACAGAUGUCUGCUCAGGUAAAUGCUCAUACGGAGCAUGUCAAUGCCUUAACACAUGACAAAGAGAACUAUUCUCACUCUGUCCAUGAGAAAGCUCUGAAAAUUGAAGCGCUGAGUGAAGCGAACAGACUCAUGUCGGAAAGCAUGAAAACCAACGAGUUGCAUAUCAGUAAUCUGGAAAGCAUUACCAGUGACUUGAAAAAUCAGCUAGCAAGUAGCAUAAAAGAGAAGGAGGAAGCCAUAAAUCAGUUGAACCAGCAGUAUGAAGAGGAGAAGCAACAGGCUGCUGCUCAAAUGGAGGAGACCAUUGAGAAAUUAAAGCAGGAGAGAAAGCAUGCUUUAGAGCAGGCAGAUGCACUCAGGAACAGUCUUUCUGAGUACGAGACCAAGUUCACACAGAAUGGCAACACUAUCACAUCUCUGCAGACCAGGCUCGAUGAGCUGGAGCGAGAAAUCUCUGAAAAGAAUGAAGCCCUGCACAGGCUGACGGCAAGCAUUGACAAUCAGUCCAUCAGCAAGUCUGAGAUGGACCAGGCGCUGAGCGAGAAGGAGCAGAAGGUCAGCGGCCUCACCUCGGAGCUGGAGGGUAGCAUCCGUCGACUCGGUGAGCUCCAGGAGCAGUUAGCCUUAAAGACAAAAGAGUGUGAACAACUCACAGCUGACCUCAAACAGCAACAGAGCAUCAGGGAGAACGAGAAGAGAGAGUUGGUGGAGCAGCUGCAGCAGACCCAGAUGCAGUGCACUCAGAACGGUGAUCUGGAGGAGAAGAUGCUCGAAAAACUCCACUCCCUCGAGGAAGAUAACCAAAAGUGUAAUCACCGGCUUGAAAGUCAGAGGGAGGAAUUUGAAAAGACGAGAGAUGAGAUUAUCAAGAGCAAAGAGGAGACUCUGAAGGCAGCUGAGGAGAAGUUAACUGCAGAGAGCACUCGGAAAGUUUCAGAGCUGAAGAAGAAAGCUGAGCAGAAAAUCAGUCAGAUUAAAAAACAGCUAACCUCGCAGCUCGAGGAGAAAGAGCAGGCUAUCAAGGCUCUUCAGACCAGCCUGGAGGAAACCAAGAGCAACGUAGCAUCCGGCAAACAACACACAGAAACGCUAGAGGAGAAAACAAAAACGCUGGAGGAAGCUCUCGUCGCGCUGAAGGAAGAGCACGAGCGACAACUCGAACAGACUCUGAGUAAUGAGAGGCUCGAGAAAGAAAAGUCUUUAGAGGAGUUGAAAAACUUGUAUGAAGAGAAGUUAUCAUCACUUCAGAGAGAUGCAGCGCAACAAGGGGAGCUCAAAGAAACUGAAUCAGCGCUGUGCGAAAUUGAGGCAAAGCUAAAAGAAGCAGAAGAGCAAAAUGGAAACCUCGUCGCAGAAAUAAAUCGCCUGAAAGAAGAAAUGUGUGAGAAGGAUGCCCAGCUUGAGGUAAAUCGGGCAACUAUUGAGCAGGUUCAAAAUCCAUCAGGACCUGAGGCUGAGAUGCAGGUGGAACGUAGCAACGUACAGCAAACGAAGAGCAUCGUGAUGCAAACCGAGAUGGAAAACCACUCAACGAUGCAAGAGGUCGACGGGGGUUCUCUGGAGUCUCUCAAGGGCAAUCUGAGUCAGCUGAAGAACGAGAAAGAGAAAAUCCACAAGGACUUCGUCAGGCUUCAGAAAGACAUUCGAGCUCUGAGGAGGGAGCAUGAACAGGACCUAGAAUACGUGAAGAAAGAGUUGAUGGAGGAGAAUGAGAAAAAGCUGAAACUGGAGUUGGAAGAUGCGGAGAUGAAGCACAAUUCUGCUAUCAAGCAGUUAAUGAGGGAGUUCAACACACAGAUGGCUUUGAGAGAGAGGGAGCUUGAUUCAGCAGUGAAGGAGACCAUCGGGAAGGCCCAGAUGGUAGAGGCAGAGCUCAUGACCAACCAUCGGGAAGAAGCCAGUCAGCUGAGGAAGGUGAUUGGAGAGAAGGAGGAUGAUUUGCACAGAACUGUUCAGAAAUAUGAAGAGGUUUUACAGAGUCGAGAGGAGGAGAUGGGAAACAGAGUGUGGCAGGUUCAGAAAGAACUGGAGGAGCUGCAAGCAAAGGGCCCGGACACUACUGAGAUGAGCGCAGAAGAACUACAGGCUCAACUAGCCGAGAAGACGACUUUGCUGAGCGAGGCUCGGCUGAAGGAGCAGAGCUUCGUUGAGAGAAUUCACUCGCUUGAGGACAAGAUUAAAUGUUUCCACCGGACCACUGUUGUAACUCACCUCGGGAGCACAUUCAAAGAACCUGUAUACAACAGCAGCGAACCUACUGAGAUGGAGUAUCUGAGGAAGGUGUUGUUUGAGUACAUGAUGGGACGAGAAACAAAAACGAUGGCCAAAGUGAUAACCUCCAUGCUUAAGUUUCCUCCAGACCAAGCGCAAAAGGUUUUGGAUAAAGAGGACUCAAAAGCAAUUCCUUGGUUACGAUGAGCGUGUGAAUGAUUCAGGUAUUAAUGGAUGAAAACCUGCUGCUGCUGAAGAGGAAGACGGUCAUUGGGUUUAAUCAAGCCCUUCUCUCUGCAUAUCUCUUCAAGUGUAUGUGUGUGUGUGUGUGUGUGUGUGUGUGUUUGAGCACACAGGGACAUAAUGGUGUGUGAGUAUUUGUGUGUGUGUGUGUGUGGGGGAGGUAUGCUUGAGUGUAAUCUAAUGGUAUGAGGGAAUUAGAGAAUAUGCCAGAAACACAAAUCUUCCAUAAAUCUAGUUUUACUCUAAAAUUUAAGUUUGUUAAUUUAUACGUUUUAGAUGAGGUGAAAUUGUUUUCCUUUUGUUUUAGAAUGUCUUUAAACAGAUUGGCUUGUGCAAUAAAUUAUAAAAUGAUCACAUAUUGAUUCUGAAAGGUCAGUUGAUUUAUAGGUUUGUCUGUGUUGUGCUGUUGUCUGACUCACUUCCUCUGUUAAACGACCCUGUGGACCUUGUUUGUUUAACACAGCUUUUCUAUGCUUUAUAUUUUGUCACUGCACUGACGUAGAGACACAAAAACAGAAAAAACUCUAAAUUGUAUUAUGAUAAUAAAGACCGUAACACAGGGCACUAUAUGACUUGCUAUACAUUUUCAGACUAACAAAUAAAAUCUUAUUUACGGAACACCUUUUGUCACUCAUUUA